AGAACCUCUUCCUUUCUUCCUUCCCCUGUUCAUGCUUUCUAUUUUUAACACAUCAAAGUAAUGAUUUAUUAAUCAAAAAUGGCUGCUACUAAUAUAUACAUGAAACGCCUGUUACAUAACAUUGAUUUGAGUUUCAAGCUGAUAAGACGAAGAGAAUCAUAUCAAUGGUCUGUAUAUGAUACUCUCAACCGCUAUCAAUCACAAUGGUCAAAGGUAGAAAAAUCUGACAAGGACACAAAGGAUGCAUCUGUAUCACCUAAAACAUCUCAACAAGGAAACCAAACAGAUUCGAAAUCCGGGAUCAAAUACAAUUCUGACGAUGAUGAUGCAAUUAAUAAUAAGUGGAAGUUAGAACUUGAUUGGCUUAGCAAAGCACUUGAUCCUGCUGUGCAAUUGUGGAGGUGGCCUUUUCCCACAGUAGAUGCACAUGGAAACAAAAUCCCACCUAGUAGUCGAACGCUUGCGGAGAUCCUUUCAAGCAUCCAACGGAGUAAACUUGGAGUCAAAGAUUGGAGCUUGAGUGAUCUUACCAUAGGUUUAUACCUUAUUUACCUUAAGCAAGCAUCUGCAAAUCCAUUUGAGGAUGUUAAUGGAGUAAAAAUUUCAUCUGACGCCGUGAUCCAGGAUCUUAUAUAUCACGUGGAACUAGCAAAAGGAGCAUAUAGGGAUAGUGCUGCUGGUCUAGCAAAAAACAGCAUGCUUCGAGAGAGCAAUAUUAUGAAAUUUGUGAAAAAUUCUAGCAUGCUGCGACCAGGCUACUACAUUGGAAUUGAUACACGCAAUAAACUUGUGAUUUUUGGAAUUCGUGGAACACAUACAGUCUCUGACCUUAUCACUGACAUAGUUUCUUCCAGUGACGUGGAAGUCAAUUAUGAAGGCUAUUCAACUCAUUUUGGUACUGCCGAGGCUGCACGUUGGUUUCUCACUCAUGAGAUAGGAACCAUUAAAAAGUAUCUUGAGAAGCAUGAGGGGUUUAGGUUAAGGCUGGUGGGCCAUUCACUUGGAGGUGCAAUUGCUUCAAUGUUAGCUAUAAUGCUUCGUAGAAAAUCAAGUGAAGAGUUGGGUUUUAACCCUGAAAUUGUUACGGCAGUUGGAUAUGGCACACCGCCUUGUGUUUCCAAAGAGCUUGCAGAAUGCUGCUCAGAUUAUGUCACAACAGUUUGUAUGCAGGAUGAUAUAAUCCCGAGGCUGAGUGUAGCUACACUGAUGAGAUUGAGGAAUGAAAUUCUUCAGACUGAUUGGAAAACCAUCUUUGAGAAGGAGGACUGGAGAAGUGUUGUGGAUUUAGUUACAAACGCAAAACAGGUCGUGUCUUCUGUACAAGAUGCAGCUAGGAAGCUAGUUGAUUAUACCAAGUUCGGAAACGAGGCAAAAUUAAUUGAUGUUCCCAGUAGCAAAGAUUCAGUGGCAGUACGAAGUGGCAUCCCUUCGACCUCCAAGCUGGAUGUAGCAAAAGCUGAAGACAUUAAAGAGAAAAUACACGAUUUAGCAUAUCCUAAGGAGGAAUUAUUUAUUCCGGGUACUGUUUAUUAUCUGAAGAGAAAGGAAGAAAAACACAACGGCAACAAAGUGAACAAGUUCACUCUUUGGAAGAGACAUACGGGUGAACAUUUUCAGAGAAUACUACUGUCAAACAACUUGAUUGCGGACCAUAAGUGUGACAGCCAUUACUACGCUCUAAGGGAUGUCCUCAAAGGUAUUCCCGCGCCUCAAAAAUGAUGUCCUCCAAACUUCAUUAUCCGUUUUUCAUUUUAAAAGUCCUGGUUAGUCGGACCCGCGAAAUGAAAAAUACUAAAUGUAUAAAACACCCAUUUGUUUUCACUAUAUGCAAUUUUGACAAGUUUCUUGUAAUUUCAUAAUGUACGAGUAACAUUAGUAAUCAUCUUUGAUUCUUUUAGAAAUAUUUAGUCAUAAUAAGACAAA